ACACUCUGCGUUAAACGCGCAUAAGUUUUAAAUAUGGCUGCUGUCAGAGGCUGUGUGAUGGCUGUGGAUGUAGUAAACACUGCGGCGGGCUGGUAAAUAUGCUGUGUGUGCUGUUUGCCGCUGUCAGGCGGAUGUUUUAGUCGUGCUGUGAUCGUGAUUAGUCGAGGUUAGUCGCUGCCAGGCUUGAAGGCAUCUGUCUGAACCUCCAGCUGAGCUGAGCUGAUCUAGCAGUGUUGCGAGGGGCUAAGGCUUGGUGAGGAGCUGGUUUGUGGUCUAAUCAUGGCGUGAUUUGAAGAAAACACUGCUGUUCAAUGCCUUUUCCUCCCUCUACAGCAGAUGGUGGUGGUGGAGGUGUCUUCUCCAGUGUCCUCCUGCUGAGAUCUGAAGCCAGGAGCUCUGGGGUGGCAGGGUCCUUCCUCUGAUGCCUCCUCUUCUAAUCAUCAGAGAACAUGAUUGGCUCACCAGAUGUGGUGGCCCUCACCAAAGAUGAUGACUUUGGAGAUUCCUACCAAGAUCCGUGUCUGCUCCCGGAGGAGUUCUCUGUGCCUUUGUUUCCCCAUGCCACCAAUGCCAACCCAUGGACAAAGACAUCCUAUGCAAAGUUCUCCAAGGAUUUCAUCCUCAUAUCCGAGUUCUCGGAGCAGGUCGGCCCACAGCCGCUUCUCACAAUUCCAGAUGACCCCAAAGUGUGCGGCACGUUUGACCUCAACUACUUCUCGCUGCGCAUCAUGUCCGUGGACUACCAGGCCUCCUUUGUUGGCCACCCUCCAGGCAGCAGCUACCCCAAGCUCAAUUUCGUGGAGGACUCCAAGGUUGUUCUUGGAGACUCCAAAGAAGGAGCGUUUGCCUAUGUGCAUCACCUGACCCUCUACGACCUGGAGGCCCGUGGCUUCGUCCGUCCUUUCUGCAUGGCCUACAUUUCAGCAGACGAGAGGAAGAUCAUGCAGCAGUUUCAGCAGCUCUCGUCAGGCUUUUCUAAAGCUUCGGAAUGCUUAAAGUCGGGAAAUCGCAAAGCGUUCGCCAACGAGUUGGAAAAGAAGCUGAAGGACCUGGAGUACACCAGAUCAGUUCUGCACAAAGAGACGGAGAUGCAAAAAAUCAACACUGGCUGCUAUUCCACGCAAGUUAUCGAGAAAGCUAACGAGCUGGCGAAUGUGGAGAAAUCCAUUUAUGAGCAUAGAGAUCUCCUGAGGCAAAUCACAUCAUAUCCAAACAAGAAAGGAAGAGAUGCACACAUUAAUGAUCAUGAUCAUGUGCAAAUUGAGCCUGAAAAGCCAAUCGACUCAAACAUGCUUGACAAUACAACCCUCACUUCAAAUCAUUCCAGCAAUGGGCGAGACAAAAGCAGCACAGAUACAGAUACAAGCCCUCAAAAGCCGUCGUCAUACACUCCCCAGCUUAUUAAAGCCAAAUCUGCUAAAUGCUUUGAUAAGCGCUUAAAAACUUUGGAAGAACUCUGCGAUUCGGCCUUCUUUCACCAGACCCUGGACCAACUAAACGUAAUCGAAAAGAUGUUCAGAGGUGACCUCUGCUUCAUCUACACCAGCCAGAUUGACAGAGGCCUUUCGAUUAAGCAGAAGAUCACCAGUUUUCUCUUUGAGGAGGAACGUGAUUGGGAGGAAGAGGGAGGAGGCUCCAGAAACCUGUAUGAAGCAAACCACACCACCCGUAUCGCUCCACCUCUCAUAUCACAAAUCUCCACACUAUCUGGUGAGCCAAUGAGCCUCGACUCCUAUGUGACCUGUGUAGAGAUUGGCCACAAUAAGCUAGAGAUUGAGUCUUUGGAAGGACCUCCAGAGUCCAGCACAUCUGACAUCACACAGGAAACUUCAGAAGAUGCUGUCGACACAGAAACGAAAGGGAGUUUCAGCAGCGAUAGGAGCAUUGAAGCACUUGGGAAUGUUAGUCCAGCCAAUCCUGAUGGAUUUGGAAGGAGGAGUACCAAUGAGGCAUGCACUGUGACAUCAUCAGAGGAACAAGAAGUUACCUCUUAUUCAGGUGCUCCAGAACGUGACGCAGAUAUGAGCACUGCUGAUGUUUUUGAAGCUGACAAUCUAGUUCAGAUAGACACCGCCUGUUGUAUGGGGCAGGAUGGUUUUAUCUAUGAGGAACCCUUGCCGGAACCUCUACAGCCAUGCGGUGACGACACUGUGGUCAAGCAGGAGCCUCUAUCUCUACUGCACAGGGAUCCUCCCCUGCAGGUGGACUAUGUCUUUGGAGAGUCUUCUCAGACAGUAGUGGGCACCAGUGUGGGUCUAAUGCUUCCUGAGCUCAACAUCAAUGCUCUCUCUGAUGAUAUGGUCAGAAUGAACGUUGAGGAUGCCUCAGAUACGACCAGUUACAUGAGCAUGUCGACCAGCUCUGACCGAGCAGCCUCACCUUUCACCUACGGCAUUCCAAUCACAGUCAAGCAGAAGAAGAAGGCGGGUCACAGUGCUCUACGCUUCAUCAGGCAAUACCCAUUUGCACAGCAAGCCAUAUACUGUCUCCUGAGUGGGCGAACACUCGUAGUUCUCGGGAGUGAGGAGGGCACUGUGAGGAAACUGGUGAACGCCUUGUUAAUUUUUGUGCCCAACAUUGGGAAGUACGGUGAAACAGUCCAGCCCUGGCUUUCCUCCUCAUUUCAGCUGACUGACCUUCAGAGAUGGAAGCUAAUCGGCCUGCAGAGAGUGGCUUCCCCAGCAGGUUCCAGCAUGCUCCAUUCCCUGAGCCGCUACAGCCGCUACAUAGGCAUUCUGGACUGUGAUAACAAGACGCUUCGCUGCCCACCCUAUAAAGGAACACUAAUUAAUCAAAUGGCAGACCACAGGACUCAGAUCAAGCGCGGCAGCACCUACUAUCUCCAUGUGCAGAGCAUGUUGACUCAGCUCACAGCUAAGGCCUUCCUUUACACCUUCUGCCAUCACGUUCAUUUGCCUAUCACCGCAGACGACCGCGGCUCUGUGACUUCCCGCAGGACUAACUUCUUGUUGCAGCUCGGCUACACCGAGGAGGAGAGCAAAAUCAUUCAGUUCCUGAGCGAGCUCGUCAAGCAUCACUUCCUACAGGGGCCUUUAAAAGGGCUCGGCCAGGCUCUGUUCAGCUACAGCUAUUCCACCAGCUAUUUGUACAAAAUCUGAACAUGGAUGUGCCCUUCAUUCUUCAUUCUUUCAGUGGUUUUGGUGGUUCCGUAUUAUGCCUUCUCGUCCCCUUCAUAUCUGCAAAAAUCAGGAGACCAAGAUAUAUUGAAUGUACUUGAUUCUGGUUCUUUUAUUAUAGUUCUUAUUUUGCUUUGUUUUGUUUUUCACAGUCCAGAAGAUGGAAGGUUAGCCAGGUGUCACCAACGUUGUCUUUGUUGAAUAUCUGUCUUUGUUGUGUAGUUUUGCCACCAAAGUUUUAUUGGGAAGGUCUGUAGGGAGGCUUCUUAAUUUGUUGUUUUAUUUAAGGACCCAUAAAAAGCCUAAUGAUAUUGAAUCAAAGUCCAAAUUGCUUCACAGCAUAAUGCUGCGUUUCAUUUGCCUCAGAAGUCAGAUAUCAGAGCUAAGAAUGAGGUCACACCAUGAUAGUUGAUGGAGUUACAUUUCUAAACAAUUACAAAAAACUAAAGUAAUUUCAGAGCGGUAGAUCCUUAAACAUCUCCCUUUCUUCUCAUGUGUGCUCUCUCUCUCUCUUUCUCUCACUCGCUCUAAAAUAUGAUUUCUGAGAUAUUCCGUAUCAUUUUCUGGCAUCAAGGAGCCCCUAUGACAGUGCAGGAUACUCCUGUGAUAGGUGGGACCUUUGAGAUAACAAAAGAAUUUGAGCCAAAAUAUGUCCCACUUUCUAGUCCCAAGUUAUUGAGUAUUGGUAGCAUUGUCCCAUGUUGGGCAUUGUUAGCAAUAUUAGUUAAUAUUAACUAAUUCGACACUAUUUUGCACAUUAAAUCACCAUGUAAACAUGCCCCCAUGUUUGUAUGCGACUAAAUCAAUUACAGACAAAUAGAUAGAAGUGCUAUUAAGCUGUGUAAUACUGCUGCUUUUACUACUGUUUAUAUGCAGAGCAGCUAUAUUGAAUUCUGAACUUGAGUUGGUGGGGCCCUCCUGUCUUUCCUAGUAGAAAAUCUGAAUUGUGGGAACAUUCGAGUUAAAAUUUUGGAAAUCAUCUUGUUCUACUUGAAAUUUGUAAAUCCUGAAAUCUGAGGUCAAAUGUAACGCAACAUAAGUACAAAAUGUUGUCUAGUGAAGAAUGCAAGAUGUAUGUAAGCAGAAAAGAGCAGCUUGAAAAGGUCCUGGCUAAAGUAAUGUAGAAGUGAAAGCAGCCACAAGAACAAUUUACUGACUGAAUCUUUUGCUAUUUCUUUGAUUUAUGACCAUGCUGACGAUAGCCAUUUUAGACAUGGACAUAAAGAACCUUUGUUAAAUAAUGAGGGUAAUUUAAUUCACUAGACCUUUAGUCAGCGUAUGUAAAGACCUCCUGCUGCUUUUUUCUGAGUCAAUAAGUCAAUAAACUGCAGAAUAUUGAUUAAUACUAAGAAACGUACAAACCAACCAGUAAUUUACCUAUAGAAUAUGUUCAUAAUACCUAUGGUAUAUAUAGAUGUACAUGGUUUUGUAAAGACAAUAAGCAACUUCUCUGAAACAGGAAUUUACUAAGAUUGUAGGAUUUUAGGCAAGUGAGAGCUGAUCAACUAAAUGACCAACUGCCAUCUGUGUGUGUUUAACCUAUUAUGUAUUGAAGUAAACGAAUGUACUGCAUGUCACAUAGUGGAGAUCUGUUACAUGACAUUCUGCAUGUUUGGAGAAUACGAAGACGUAACUACGUGUUGGUAGGCGGAGGUUUCCAGCCACAUGCAUUUGUAUCUCACACGUGGAAACCAUUCAGCCUGAUAUAAACUGUUGUCUCAACGUUAUGUGCAAAUGUCAGCAUGAGUAACUGUUGUUGGAUGGAGUGGCACUUUAUAAUACUGGUUCAGAAUCAUAGUGGAAAUGGGGAAUUGGGGUGUAACGGUACAGAAAAAUCACGGUUCGGUUUGGACUUCUGUGCCGGUUUUAGUGGCUGUUCGCAUCUUUAGAAAUCUACGCAAGACUGCAUCUUACAUACAUACAAAUCAAUAGGGGGCAGUGCAGGCACCCAGCAGCAUUAAAAUGCUAUUUUUUUAUUUUCUUGUUGCGCAAAUUGCAGUUUGUUUCAUCUAGUGUUGUGUAUGUAGCUAGUUAAUACAGAUUAGAGAAUGUUCAUUAAGCAGUCAAGUAUAUCACGCCCUCCUCAGAAGGGUACAUAAGGUUGCAGUACACACAAAAUUGCUUGGAGGCAGUGCAGACACUAAUCAGCCUUAAAAGAGCUAUAAAAACACACAACUCUGCUUUUACGUAUGCAUUAUGGUUAGAUUAGAUUAGAUUAAAAUUAGAUUAAUAAGUCAGAAUAUCAGUAAAGUAGUUGUUAGUUUUCCGGUUGUUUCAAAUCUAAAGUAGAGAACAGUGAGAGAUAAAGAAAGAUAAAAGCGAGUGUACGAAUACUCUCUCUGCACAUGUAAUAGAAGCCAGGUUAAAGUGAAGGAUUGGGGGGGACAAACAAGACUACAGUUACCAAAGCAUUAAUCUCAAAACACUACAGUUCCCACCUUAUCUGUGCAAUUCAUACGAUUUACACUCUGUUUCUUGGAUGUUGAAGCUAGAAAUUAGAUUAUGCUUGAGUUAAUGUCAUUCCAUUUAAACAUUCCGAUAAUUUUACUUUUAUAAGCAGUUUACUGGGGUUUCAUGGCAAUUCUAGCCUAUUGUUAACAUUGUCCCAGGUUAGCUUUGUUAGCUAUCACAGUUGAUAACAAUGGAUUAUACAAUAUUUUAUGGAUUUUAACACCAUCUAAACAUGUUCACAGAUGGAAGAUGAACAGUACUCGGUUUAUUUCUGAUUUUAUGAUGCAGAAAUCGAUAAAAAUGUAAAUAACUCUCCAUAAUACUAUUGCAGCAAUCUAGGUUUCUGAACUCCAAUAUGUGGGGUCAUUCAAGUUGAAAAUUCCUACUUGCACUUUAGAAAUGCAGACAUCCCAGUUAAAUAGAACACAUUAUUUUAGCUUAAGGGUUUUAAAAGUUUAAAAAUUACUGCAUACACCAAACUGUGAUGUUCUGAAUGUACCGUUACACCUCUUAACUUGGAGAAACCAUGUAAAACCAUGGUGGUGAUCGCCUGAAACAAUAACACCCAUCAGUAUGUUCACGCCACGUGUUAUUCUCACUGCUGCAUGGCAGUUUCUGCCCAACAUUUAAAUUUACAGAUGGCUUUCACCACCAACACUUUAUCACUUUUUGUUGCGGUUUAAAUGCAUUGCUUUCUGUAUGUGACCCUUGCAGUGACGAACUGUCUGAAACUGAUGUUCUACACACUCAGUCGAAUGUUAACAAGCCAUAUCAUACAGUGCAAAUUGUGUCUAUAAGAUAUUUGCUGUGAUUUUGAACAAAAUUUAUUUCUCGUAUGAUUUGUGUGAAAUAAGCUUGGAAGAGUGUUGCUUAUUAAUUCAGUGUUUCUCAACUUUGGUCCUGGAUUCACCCUGUUGUGCACAUUUUAGUGCCUUUUCUGCUCCCAACACGCCAGAUUCAACUUAUUAGCUCAUUAUCAGUGCAUUAUGGGUUGGAGGGGUGUGCUAGAACAGGAAACCACUAAAAUGUGCAGUGCAGGGUGCCUCUAUGGCCAGAUUUAAAGAACACUGCACUAGGGUACGUGUUUCUAAAGUGUUGUGAUUUUCUGUCUGGGGUGCAGUAAGCUGUAAUCUUUAUUGAAACUGAUUUGUGGAUGUAUAAGUGAAUUUUGGAGGUUAUCCAAGUGCAUUGAGUUGUGGCCCAUUCUGUUUCCUGCCUUUGAGUUUCAUUAAAAUAUCUCUCAUUUAAAGCUU